AUGCCACCCCGGGUACAGACCGGGCGUGUGUCCAACACCCUCCUUCCCUACCUCACCUCCACAUCUUCCACAUCUUCCUCUAUCCCUUCAUCCUCACAAUGCCUUCGUCAGUUCUCUGCUACGACAGCUUCUCAAACAAGGCUUCGUCGGCAGAUGUUUGAAUGGCUCAGCACAGCCGGUGCUGGACUGAAGAACCAUGUUCCCGGACAGACCAACUAUCUAUCCCGGUCAAAAGCGACAGGUUCUGAUGAGGCAAAUCGACCUUUUCCUAACAACCCCAAUUUCAUCAGUGAGAGCAUCCUCAGUGAGGAGCUCCGCGAAGAAAUCUAUAAACGCGUCGUGACCAAGAAGCAGAGUCUUCGUGCUCUCAGUGUGGAGCUUGGAAUCGAUAUGAAGCGUAUCGCUGCCGUCGUGAGAUUGGUUGAACUGGAGAAGAGACAGCGCGCACAGGGCAAACCUUUGGCACUUCCUUACGCACGGGCAGUCCACGAAAUGGUUCCCGUCACUCACCUCGCCGACAGAGGCGAGCGCCAAACAUAUCACGAAUCCAUCAACGACCUCCCCGCCCACCCCCUCACAGGAUCCCAAAUCUUUUACCCAGUUCCUGAAUCGCGUUCCUUCAAUCGAGUCGAAGCUGGCCGCGUCUUCUCCGGUGCUCCAGCCUUAACCCAAGAAGAAGCCGCUGAGAUCCAACACCCCUACGACCUAGCCCAGAAGGUGAUUGAAGACCCCAACGCAAUUGGCUGGAUCGGCAAGGGUGAAAAGGCUCGCCAGAUCCUUCAGCCCGCCGACGCACGUAUCCCCCACCCACACAUGAUCGGUCUCGAACGCGACCGUCUUGAGUUCCCGAAUGAACGCCAGACCGUUCAACGCCGCCAUUCUGAGCGUCUCUCCCGCCAGGAGUCCCUCGAGCAGGAGGCUCGCCAGCGUGUCCAGGAACGUCGCGAGGCAAGCCAGAAGACUGUGUCUCCGGCUGACUCGCGUUUCGAUUACCGCAUCCAGGAUACCAAGUUCACUAAGGCGACCACUGGUGCCAAUGGCCGUGCCCCUUGGGCUGUUGGUCGUCGCUAUGGUGUCCCGCAUGAGGACCGUACUCGUGGCGCUGUCAAGAUCCCGACUCGUGUUGACGCUUGA